UAUAGCAAUAUACACACAACCUAAUGAGAUCUGGAAUACCCGGCUUGUGUCACAAGCAUAUUGUGACAGGAUGUGAAAAUGUUGAACGAAACUUUGGUUAGGUAGCUAUUAUUACCAAUGGCCAUGGCUCUGUCGCUAGCAAUGGCGAUUGUGUUUUGUCUGCUGGUGGUGAAAUGUACACCUUCAAUGGGCGAAGACCAGGCAAAGUCCAUAAGACAUGAUGUCGACGUGUAUAGAAAACACGUCAGUAUGACGUUUGAACAGAACCCGGACACAGUAUUAGACGCUCUUGUGGCACAAGAACAACGGAGAAAGACUGGAAAACAGCUAAAACCUAGGGGCAGACCGCGACCCAAUGUCAGGUCACAGAGAGUGGUAAUAGAUCAGUAUGGCCGCCAUUUUGUUUGGGACGAACGACAUGGUCGUAUACCUGUUAUGCCGUUGCCAUGGGACUACCCAGUAAUGUGGUUUGACGGACCAGAAGGGCCCUUUGCUGUACCUAUGGGAAUGGAACCUGUAUACCCGCCUAUGGAACGGGUUUUCUUGGUCAAUCCUACACCAGAUUCGUGCGACCCUUUGAGAAGCACAUCUUCUAUACAAGAGCAAAACAAUCCAAUGAUGUCCUUCUACGAACCAUCCUCUGACCCGUGUACCGGGAAGCGCCAUUCUGAGUUCGCAGUAACAGCAACAUCAGGAAUGGCUGACAUCCUGUGCAUGCUUUGUCAAUAUCUGAAGAGUAAGCGAUGUGUCUGGCAGUUCUGUGUUCAUCCUGAAGGAGUUUACAGGAUCAACAUAAGCGAGCAUCUCAAAACCUGAUCUCCAAGGUUCGCUAUUAAUAUAUAGUUUCUAUUAAUUUAAAUAUGACGUAUUCUGACGUGUGGAUUAUGAAAACAGAUUAUCAUAUGGAAAUAUUUUUUGAAGAAUGGACACUUAAUAUGGACAGAAAUUAACCUUUAUUUUAUCACUUUAAUACUUUUUAGUAAAAUCUUUUGAAUGCAAUUUUGCCGAGAAAAAAUUAUUAAACUACCAUUAUUGAUCAAUACUUUCUAUUUUCUCCAUUUCUGCAAAACCUUAACCCGUCCCAGUGGUUCAAAACGUGUUCAUUCAACAAUGAAAGAGACUACGAACUUACAGUCGCCGGUAUGAAUAUCGAUCACAGGGGUGUGUCAUUUCCAUUUUCAAAACGCCAUAGUUUCUCUGAAUAUCUUGUCAAAGGAUAUUUGAUAGAUUCCUACCUAAUCGGACAUCCGUUGUCAGUUUAAUGCAACCGGCUGAAAUACUGUUCUGGGUGCCUUCGACAUGGUAUUUUAGCGAGACAGGACUCUAAAAUAUAGGCAUCAGUUCUGCGCUGUGGCAAGGAGGCAAAUACACCAAUAUACCACCUUUAGCACACAUGUAUCAAUUACACACCUGGAGACGUGUUAAUAUGACGCUAAACCCAAUGAACUAAACCAAUCAUGAUAUGACCUUAUGUUACUCUAAGCCCGUGUAUAGUAUUAAAUAUGAAUAAUACAAGAUAGGCAGCAAGUUCGUGUUAUAUAUCAUUUGACAGUACAACCAGAAUUUUAAGUUUAAUAUUCAAUAUCGCCCUACGUAAACUCAUAGUCGUGACUCUUAA